CGGGGCGGCAGUGCGUCGAGGGCGGCGGCCGUGGGCGCAGUGCAUGGCGCGUGCAGCGCGGCAGCAUUGGUGAGGAUGGCGGGCCGCCGAAGUAGCUCGAUCGGCUGCCGGUCGCUGAUCGGGCGUCGCGCGUCCGUCUACGUUCACACCACCUACGAUCCCGUCAAGUUGAUCGUCGAAAUAAAUGGGCAAGUGGCGCUCUUCCGGGACCUGCUGAUACACAUCGGUCAGGCGAGGGACUGCCCGGAACUGCGCGAAAAGAUCCGGAAGCUACGGCGGAGCUGCGUGGAGGCCUGCAAGCAUACCAGCCAGCUGAUAUUGCCGCAAUUACGCAGCUCCGUCGCCGAAGGCAUCCCCGAGGACAACCCGCAUCUAGUGCUUCUGUUCUUCAUGUCGCAGCUCUUCCUUCGCGAACUCACCAAGUGCCAUCGUCUAGUUCAAAUUAUUCCCAUGGACAUGUCCGGAUACUACGAAAACCGUGCGGGCCCAUCGAAUUUAGGCAACGUCAUCAGCCAAAUCCUGCUCUGUAAGCAGAUCACGCCCGACUUCAAUCAGGAGGAGCUGUGCAGCAUUUCGAAGGACUCGGCGGAAAUAUCCAAGAUCCUCAAAGAGAUGCAGGAGUACAUGCCGAAGCAGGAAAACAAUUUAGAACGAGGUGGAGCGUUGGUGGAUGACGUACCAAGCCAGUGGACCAAUAAACAUCGAAGGACCUCGCUGUACAAAAACAUGGGACUGUUGUGCUGCGUGCGCAGGCCGAACUAUCUGUGACUGUGUCCGAAAACAAAACGAAAUCGAAAUCGACAUCAUCUCAUCACAAUUAUUCAACAGCGAGAAGAGUGAAGUAUAAAAAAUUAAAAUAAAAAAGAAUGGACAUUUUCAUCGGGCGACAAGAUGGCGGAUUGUAUGAUAUUAGUUUGUACAGAGUUCUGUAUUACCGACAUGUGGAUAAAUACGUCAAUUCAUCAUGCAACAUCACAUCUGUACACCAACAUCACGCGCCAUCUUGAAUUAAGCUACAAAAAUAGGUUAUUAGUUAGAUGAAUGAAGAAAAAAAACACGUGGUACUUGGAUCAAUAAAUUAAGCGUAACGUUAUUACAAUAAAAAUAAAAUACAAAAAUAUAUUAUAUAUGAAUAAAUUACAAUAAGAAAAGAAUUAUAAUUAUAUCACGUACACAUUGAUAUUACAAUUACAAUGUGAGAAAUGAGAUUUGAUGAAUUAUAAAAAUAUUCUGCAAAUAUUGUAACAUAGCCUAGAGAAGGAUAGUUUUUAGGUAGAUAGGCAGAGCCGUAUCAGAACAAAAAAUAAAUUCGUGUAUUUUCUAUAAUUAUAAUACAUACUACUCGUAAUUAUUAUUAUCAUUAGGCACUAAUAAUAUUCUGCAUAGUUUGCAAGUUUGCAGUGAAAUUUAAGGUUGAAUAAAAUGAAACACAAGCAAAAAUAAAGAUUAAUAAUAUUCACAGUCAAUAUUAUAAUACACGUUGCGUCGUGAGUCGUUAGUCGCGAGUAGAGCUACACCUAAGUGCACACAUUGUUUUAUUUAUAGACACAUGAACACUUGGUAUGUUUAUUUAUGAGUUAUGCGGUGGAUUGUAUUGCAAGUGCGAGAUUUUAAUAUUUAAACAGAUUUUAAUGAUUGUUUUCGGAAUUUUAGUAAAAUAAUUGGUUACAAAUUUAAUGAGGUUAAUUGUUUAUUAAUUAUUAAUUAAUUUGAUACCAAAAUUUUCAUAAUUUUUGGGUAAUAUUUGAAUGAAAGUGACUAAAGUACUUUAGUCACGAGUUUUAGUCACGGGGCGGGGCUUGCGCCUGCGCAUUUGCUUACGGAGCAGCUCAAUAUUAUUAUUUUUAUUAUUAUUUUGUAUCAAAUUAAAUUAUUUUUCGAAAAACUACGAAAAAAGAAAAAUUUGCUUACUUUCCACAAAUUUUAAGUUUUGAGCAUUAAAACAACUAUAAACAAAUAAUUAGUUAAUAUUCGUGAUAUAAAUUGCUUGUUUAGUAAAUAAUCAGUAAAAUAUUAACAAAAAAGUA